AUGAAAGUCUUUAUAUCAUUUUUAUUGUUAACACUACUUGCGAUCACUAGUAAUGGGCUACUGUAUCCACAAGUAAGAAUUUUUAAUAAUUUUUUAACCAUUUUUUAAAAUAUUUUAUCUGUAAACAAAACUUCUGCAACGUAAAAAAAAGUUUUUAAAAUGUUUAAUUUAAACUUUUUUUCAUAUUUCAAAACUAAAACACCUCCAAAUUCGUCUGUAAACAAAGCUGUUUCAGAAAAACGAGAUCCGCCGUCUGGACUCUCUCGAUGGCUUGUGGUCUUUCGUCAGAGAACCGACUUUUUCAAAUAAUUUAGGUAUCCAAAACGAAUGGUACAAACUAGACAUAGACAAGUUUGAGAACGUGACCAGAGUACCAGUACCAUCAGCCUUUAACGAGCUCUUUACUGAGCACGAGGAGAGGAAUCACGUCGGAUGGGUAUGGUACCAGACAAAAUACAGUACCCCUGAAGCUGUGAAUGGAAAGAGACUAGUGAUCAGGUUUGGAAGUGUCAAUUACAAUGCUCUUGUUGUAAGUUUUUUUAAGUUAUGAUAGAGUUACCAAAAGAUACUGUAUUAAUAGUAUAAGCAAAGAUUCCUGUAAAUUAUGCCAAAUUUUAAAAGAAUUGCAACAGUAAACCACACCUGCUUAUAAGUAGCUAUAAAAUUUAUCAAGGAGUUACACCUACCUAUUUACAGUACACUGACGGCCAACUUUUGACCAAACAUACCGGAGGACAUCUGCCAUUUGAAGCUGAACUAUCUAAAGCAAAAACUUACCGUAUCACUGUAGCUGUCAACAAUACAUUACACUCAGGUACCAUCCCCCCUGGAGAAUAUGAAGUGAGGCACUAUGGUAACAGUACCUAUAUCCAACAAAAGCCAGGCUUCGACUUCUUUAAUUAUGCUGGCAUUUUACGACCGGUCGUUGUGCAGGUUCUGAGUCAAGUGUUUGUGAAAGAACUUUGGAUUACUACGAAGAACAAUCGUGAGUUACUGUUUGUUACCUAAAGACUAAAUUCUUUGUUUGUUAACCAUGGUAUUUUUACAACAAUUAAGUAAAGUAUACCUCGUUGGUGCAUCGUGUUAAAAGUUACAAGCUUUAUCUCACACUUUUAUUACCUAAAAUACGUAUUUAUAGCCAAUUUUACUUCUUGAAAGACAAUCUAAAUGCCAUAACUCCUGUUUCAGGCUAUAUAAACUACGAAUUGUCCAUUGACAAUCCUCAAAAACGUCCAGUUGAAGUCACAGUUACCUUAAUUGAUCCGAAUGGAGAUGAAGUUGAGACUGUCACUGACUUCAAACAGUUCCAAGAAGUCAAAGAUGCCCAACUGUGGUGGCCAAGAGGAUAUGGAAAAGCCAACUUGUACUCGCUACGGGUUAGUAAAUCCUUUGAUUUUAAAUGCUGAAUGUUCCUUUAAUAUAUAAACUUUCAGAAAUAAGCUAAAAAAUGACAUUUUAGGUGUCAUGUUUCCUCACACAAACAUUAAACUUUAUAAGCCUAAGAAUCUGGUAACUAAUAAGCCUUUUUCUAAUUACAUACACUUAACUUCGUAUUAUAUUUUACACUACAGUUAAGUUGGUAUUAUACAUUACAAUCGUUUUCUCUCAUUUUUAGGUCCAAAUUUCCUCAAAAGAUGAGGUUCUAGAUGUGUACCAAGAAACUUUCGGAUUCAGAACAAUCGAAUUCAAAGGUACCCAACUGUACGUCAAUGACAAACAGUUCUACUGUAUGGGCUUCGGAAUGCACGAAGACUUUGAUGUAAGUUACCUCAUACUUUUGACAGACACAGUUUUCAAUUUUUUAAAUUCUUUUACAACACAAACUGAAGACUUUGUAAGAACAUAGUAAAGAAUUUUAAAAUCUUGUUGUUUUAGCUACACGGCAGAGGCUACAACCCAGUAGUGCUGAUAAGAGACUUAAACAUGUUCGAAUGGAUGAACGCCAACUGCUAUAGGACCUCUCAUUAUCCUUACAGUGAAGAGAGAGCGUACGAAGCUGACAGACGAGGCAUCAUGGUGGUUACUGAAGCUCCAACGGUUGGGCUUGGGUACGUUGUAUUUCAUUCGACAAUAAAUGUGGCUAGUACUACACACUUUUCGACCGCUCCACAUAGUAAAAUAAAUUUUAAAACAAUAUCACUGUAAAGCUAUCCUUAAAGCCCAAUUUCCAGUUUUUUCAAUAACGAAAUGUCACAACUCCACAAGCAGCUGAUGACCGAGAUGAUAGCUCGUGACCAUAACCAUCCUUCCGUCUUUGCCUGGUCCUUGGCCAACGAACCGUGGACGGCCAAAGACAACGCUCGUGGCUACUUCAGUUCAGUAGCUUCGUAUACCAGAAAACUAGACCCAACACGACAUAUUACUGUAGUCUUUGGCCCUACAUAUACAACACAUGACUACAGUAGAGUAGCCGACUUUGUUGACUUUAUAGGACUAAAUCACUAUGAUGGAUGGUAUCAGAAUCUAGACCAUCCAGAAGUGGUCGAGGAACAGAUGUACGAACUGGUGAUACAAUGGACUACCAACUUCAAGGGAAAACCUCUGAUCGUCAUGGAGUACGGUGGAGAGGGGAUUCCGGGCAUGUAUCAGGUAAGACUUUGUCUAUUAAAGGCUUGUGUGAUAUAAAGAUCAUAUUUACCAGAAAAGACGUGUCAUAUCGAGAAAUUAGGCUUAAAAUCAUAAAGAUAUGUAAGAUAAAACUUAAAACUAAACUAGCCUUGUCGACCAAGAAAACCAUAAACAAUGUCCUCGUUCAUAAACACUUUCAGCAACCAGGUACCCCUUUCACAGAACAAUAUCAAUCAGCUCUGAUCAAAGCCAAUCACAGAGCCUUCGACCGGUUGAGGAAAGAAGGUCGAAUCACCGGGGAAAUGAUAUGGAACUUUGCUGAUUUCAUGACAGCCGCAGGUAAUUACCAAAAUUGACAAAUUAGGUCAAAAAGACCGUAGAUACGCCGAAGAUACAACUUCGAUUAACAAUAUGCCAAAAAAAUUAUAUUCUUUGCCAAAUUAAUAUAUAACAACUCCCUAUACCUAACAUCCUGUGCAAUACCAUACUUACAGACAUCACUCGACCUCUGGGCAACCAUAAGGGAGUCUUGACCCGCCAACGACAACCGAAAAUGGCAGCAUACCUACUGAAAGACAGAUAUGGCAGCAUUAGAGAAGGCGAACUAUAA